AUGAUUUGGAAAUUCAGCGGUUUGAUCUUAGUGCUAAUCCCACUACUUAGCAGGAUUCCUAGGACUAAAGCAAGACCAGGCGGAGACAUCGGAGGAGUGCCGGAUUUGCCCGACGGUAUUCCAGGAGGUGUACCUGAAUUACCAGAUGGUUUACCAGAUCUACCAAGCGGUGUACCCGAAUUGCCUGAUGGACUGCCAGAAUUACCGGGAGGGGCACCAGAAUUACCGGGAGGGGCACCAGAAUUACCGGGAGGGGCACCAGAAUUACCAGGAGGGGUGCCAGAAUUACCUGAACUACCAGGUGGCGUACCAGAAUUACCCGAUGGAUUACCUGAACUACCAGGAGGUAUGCCAGAAUUACCUGAUGGACUACCAGAGUUACCAGGAGGUAUGCCAGAAUUACCUGACGGAUUACCAGGCGGAGUACCAGAAUUACCGGGAGGCAUGCCUGACGUAAUGGGUGGUAUGCCAGACGUUAUGGGUGGAAUGCCUGACGUGAUGGGUGGUAUGCCAGACGUUAUGGGUGGAAUGCCAGAUGUCAUGGGUGGAAUGCCAGACGUCAUGGGUGGAAUGCCAGACGUAAUGGGCGGCAUGCCAGAAUUACCUGGAUUGCCAGGAGGAAUGCCAGAAUUACCUGGAUUACCAGGAGGAAUGCCAAAACUUCCUGAGUUACCAGGUGGAAUGACAAAUAAUCUACCCAUGCCCGGAAAGUCAUCAAAACCUUCUUGUUAA